GAAAUUGUUGAAAGUGCGUUGAAAGAAUACCGCAAAAUUACAAAAAUCAAGAAUCAGUGCAGAGACAGACACGAUUAUGGGUGGUGGAGGAUAAUAAAUUUUAAUUAAAAUAUAAAAAAAUACAAAAAUUAAAAAAAAGAAAACUAAUUUGUUUGUAGUGCAUCAACUGAAAUUAAAAUAAAUAAAUUAAAAUAUUAAAAAAACUUAAAGAAAACAAAAAGUGUACACAAUUUAAAUGCAGUGACAUCUUCAAUUUUUCUGUGAUGUUUUUUUCCCUUCGCUCAAGAAAGAAGCCAAUUAAUUAUACAUUUCGUAAUAAAGCGCUUUCUAAAUUCUUUGUGUGAAAUUUAUUUAUAAUUUUUUUUAUUUGAGCUAAAUCAUAAAUGGAAUAGCAAUAAUAAAGAAGAGAAAAAAGUGUGUUAGUAAUAUUUUUUAUAAACAAAGUUAAACUUGCACUAAACGUACAACAUCCGAAGUGGAAAUAUCAGAAAACCUGUAACUCGCAUAUAAAUUGGGUGAAAGCCAAGCAUUGUCGGGCCAUAACUGUGCCAACGUAAACUUUAACUUCCGUCAAAGCAGUCAAAAUAAACAUUUCGGAAAUUCAAGAAAUUUCAGAAAUUUUGGAUUUAAUAAAGCAAUAAGUGAUAAUACGAGAGAUGAACAAAGCGGCAAAACACAUACAAAGUGGAGCAGUUGGCUGCAGCAGUACCACGAGCGGCAUACUUACUUCGCCCACCAACAUAUCACAAAAAAAUGUCAUUAAUUCUAUAAUGAGUUUUCUGCCCGAUAAUCGACCCAUUACAUCACUGCAAAUUGUGGAAGACUAUGAGAAAUGCCCCAAGAAUUUUUCAUCAGUACAUCGCACUUAUGACCAAGAUGCAGAUGCCGACUUAUGGCGGGAGAAUAAUAUUCUAUUCGGCAGACAGACUACCAGAUAUUUAUGUUUAUCAAAGACUGAAGGUUUGCCAGAAUAUGUAGUUGAAACUUUAAAAGUGAUAGCGGAAAAAAUCCAACCACCCAAAGAGUUCUCAUUACUAUCCCGUACAGCUGAUACAGAACAGAAAGCUUGGCGUAAACGACAAAUAGCCUACAAACUAUCCAAACGUGGAACAGUUACACAUGCCGUAACUGACAUUAUUUUAUGUUCAAAAAUGAAAAUUGCACCGGAUGGCUUUAAAUUAGCUGGUGAUAUCAACGGUGUUUUAGUUUGCUUCAAAACAGGCACUGUACCAGUACGCUUACCUCCACCUGUACCAGGUUUACAAUCACCACAGAUAAAUGGCAAUUGCAAUAGCAGCAAUGGCAGUACUGAAAUCGAAAAAGCGCUAAAUCGUCUAAAUUUGAAUGGUGGCAAUAAUUGGAACCCACAACAGCCUUUGCCACCAGUGCCAAAAGAUACAGAACAUGAUUAUGAAGAAAUACAGGCUUCCUAUCAAAUAAAUUCACCGCUACGUCCAGCUCCAAGACCACCUAGCACAGCUGUUGCCACUAAUACUUCUGGUCAUAGUGUGGGUACAUUAGGUGCCUACACAGAACUUGAUGGUGUGCCAUUUAUAAUAAAUCCAAUUCUCAAACAAACAAAUCAAACUCUCGAAACACUGCCACAAAUAACUGAUGUGCUUAAAGGACUUGAUUAUGAUUUUCAAAUGGAACGUCAAAUAUUAUGCACUAUGAAGUCCUCAGUAUCUAAGAAUCCAUUUUUUAAAUAAAUUAAGCAAUUUAGAAAUCUGAAUUUAUAAAUGAAAUACA